AUGAGAUGUUUGCAUUUUUCAUCUGAUGACAAAAAUAACAAAGCCCGUUUAGCAAGAAUACGGCCCGUUAUGGACCACUUCAAUACUAAAAUGCAGUCUGUUUACAGCUCUGGAAAAGAACUUUCCUUGGACGAAUCAAUGGUAUUAUGGAGAGGACGAUUAGCUUUCCGUCAAUAUAUAAAAAAUAGGAAACAUAAGUACGGCGUGAAACUUUAUAUGUUGACGGAACCCAAUGGACUGGUACAAAAGUUUACAAUUUACCAUGGCUCAACGGAUGUGUUGGGUGGGGCUGGACAUACAUCAAAGGUUGUUCAAUACUUAUUACAAGAUAGACUGCAUCAGGGACAUUCUGUUGAUAUGGAUCGGUAUUACAAUAGCUACGAAUUAGCCUCAUACCUUCUCCAAAAUAAAACAUACUGUACUGGAACCCUAAAUAUAAGAAGAAAAAACAACCCACGAGCCAACCAAGAAGCAAAACUAAAACCAGGGGAUAACAAGUCCUUAUUCUAUAAUGGAGUGCACAUUGGUAAAUGGACAUCCAAACGCGACGUCCUGUAUAUAACGACUGAAUAUGGAAAUAACAUGGCUGAAUCCAGAAAUAAAAGAGGGCAAGUAACACUAAAACCUCUUGCAAUUAUCAAUCACAAUAAAUACAUGUCAGGCAUUGAUCAACAUGAUCAAAUGCUGUCGUAUUACCCCUGUGUCCAGAAAACAAUGCGCUGGUACAAAAAAAUCUUUAUUCAUGUAUUACAAAUGAGUGUAAUAAAUUCUUACAUUCUGUACAAAAAAUAUUCAGGAAAUAGAAGUAAGAGUAUUUAUGAGUACCGAUUAGCACUUUUGGAAUCACUUUUACCGAAAGUUGUACCGAAAGCUACUGUGACCCUGCACGAAUUACGAAAAAUAGAGAAAACUACUGAAGAAGUAUAUCAAACACCUGAUCAAACAACUAAGAAGAUGAAAAGAGUAGUAAGAAAGGAGUGUAAAGUUUGUAGAAGUAACAAGAAGAGGACUGCAACUAUGUACAUUUGUAAUUCCUGUGAAGGUUCACCUGGUUUUCGCGUUAAAUGUUUUUUUAUUUACCAUAAGCAAUAA